UCACGGAUUUGAAAACAACACAGAAGCGCAAGCGACGCGAGCAUUGUGCAAACUGGCGUCAACGGGGGCAGUCGCUCAGAUCGGUUGAGUAACGCGUCUAUAAAAUUGACCAGUUGACCAGUACUAAAGCCCCAGAACAAAGGACUAAUUUAAGGCUUCAGCGAUGGCCGCGGAACAGCAGGAAAAAAGAAGUGCGGAGGAGGCACCGGAUGCCAGGUUGCCGGAACUCAACUUUGUGCGCGACAAACUGCAGAAGUUCCAGUCCACAAUGCUGCGAGAUUUCGAGCAGCGGCUAUCCUGCAUGGUGGAGGAUGUCCUCCAGGACCUCCGGCAACGGGAGCUACGCGCCCACGAAUUCCCCAAUUUCGAGCGAUCGGAUCGGAAGAGCACCUGGCACAAUCGCGUGACCAGUGAGGCGCCCGCGGACGUCAGCGAUUCGCCAAAUGGUCAUGCAAAUGGAAAUGGCACAAAUCCAAGGCCGGCAGCGGCACAGCUCCAACCCGAAAAAUCCGGCCAAAAACAGCGACGACGACAACUGCCCGAAAAAGUCUUCGUCGCCCGGGAAUCGUACCUCACCGCUCUGCUGCAGGUGGAGCACAUGCGCACCAUCUACCACAUUUUCUACAUUAUUCUGGUCAUGUUUCUGCUGAACGUGAUCUGCUACGAUUACUUCGUGGAGGGGCGGAUCGACCUGGGUCUGGGCACUGUCCGGGGCGGAUUGCUCCGCCUCCACUGGGUGAUGGGCGUGUGGCUGCUGGAGCACGUCUUCGUCCUGGCCCUCUACUUCGCCUUCCGCGGAUGGGCGCUGGUCAGGCACAAGCUGAAACCGCACAGUGCUCUCCAGAGCUUUUGGUCGCACAGCUGCCUCAUCCUGUACAUCAGCUCCCAGCUGGUGUUCUGCUUCGUGUCCACAUCCCUCUGCCUGAAGUUCAACCUGCCCUUCGUGAGUGGCUGUGUUUUGCUGCUGGAAAGCACUAGACUUCUGAUGAAGAUGCACGCCUUUGUGAGGUACAAUGCAGAGCGGGUUUUGAGAGGGAAGCUCAAGAAAGAAGACGCAGAGGAGGAGGAGAAGGAGGAGGCCACUGGCAGACCUUUUGUGCCACCGCUGAGCUGCUACACUUACUUCUUGUUUGCCCCCACGCUUAUUUACCGCGACAGCUAUCCGCGCACCUCGCACAUCCGCUGGAAGUUCGCCCUGAACCGCCUCCUGGAGGUGGUGGCCAUAGCCUUCCUCUACGCCUUCAUCCACGAGCGACACAUCCACGAGCACUUUGGGCAAUACGGCCUGGAGCCAAUGGGACCCUCGCAGCUGAUCCUCAAGCUGUUCGGCAUGAUGCUGCCCAGCGCUGUGAUCUUCCUGUGUGGCUUCUACCUCAUCCUCCACUCGUGGCUAAACUUCACGGCGGAGCUGCUGCGCUUCGGCGAUCGAAUGUUCUACAAGGACUGGUGGACGUCGCACACCUACGACGGGUAUUACAGAAAUUGGAACGUGGUGGUGCACGACUGGCUGUACGAGUAUGUGUACAAGGAUAUGUACAGUCAUGUGUUCCGCGGCUCCAAGGUGGCCGCCUCGCUGUCGGUGUUCAUGAUAUCCGCGCUGGUGCAUGAGCAGGUUCUAGGCUUCGCCCUGCAAAUGUUCUUCCCGGUGAUGUUCUUCUUUUUCGGCGUAGUCGGGGUGGCCUUGGUGUUCAUCAUGCGAAGUGCUCCCAAAGUGCUUGGCAACAUCUUCCUGUGGUUUUCGCUCAUCCUGGGAAAUGCCUCACUAAUCUCGCUGUACGCCAUGGAGCACUAUGCGCUGAAGAACUGCAAUCUGAGCUACCGGAGCUGGACGGAUCACCUGUUGCCGGCGGUGUGGCGCUGCUACAAUUAGUCAAUUAAAAUCAAUCACUACUGUUUAACUGUCUGUACAGUGCGUACACUGGGGGCGUACGCAUCGAUUUGUAUUUUAGGUAAAUAAACUUAAUGAAAUUAACAAAAACGUC